UGAAAUCAACGACGUGAAACUUUGUAUAACAACGUAAAGUGCAGCGGCAAAACGUUCAAACUGUUAGCUAAAUUAUCGACAAUCGAUUUUGGCUAACAGUUUGAGAAUUUUAUCACUACAACAAUUAGCGCUGCACGGACAUCGAACGGAGCUUUAUUUCUUCGCCAACAGACGUGUCACGCACCAAUUACGAUCCUAACCUCGGCUUGCAUCGACCACCGGUAAAUUUUUCUGAAUUAAUCGUCACCCGAAGUGCUACUUUGGGAAAUCCUGAAUAUAGUUGUUCAAGAAGCAAACAGUUCGUAUGAAUUAAAUAUAUUGUACUAUUUCAAGAAGUACCGUGUGUAAUAUAAAAACAUGCCGACGAUUAAUGUCAAACGUGACUUACUAUUUAAGACACUUGGCAGCGUGUAUACCGAUGACGAGUUUCAAGAUUUGUGCUUCAAAUUUGGUCUAGAAUUGGACGAAGUGACGACAGAAAAACAAAUAAUAAUGAAAGAAAGAGGUAUAGAUGCAACUACAGAAGCAUCGGAGGAAGUUAUAUAUAAAAUUGAUAUACCGGCAAAUAGAUACGAUUUAUUAUGUUUGGAAGGUUUGACUCUUGGCUUGUUGAUAUUUCUAAACAAGGUCGAUAUACCACGGUACACGGCUAUAUUUUCAAACAGCGACACCCACAGAAUAUUCAUGACAAGCGAGUGUCUAAAAAUCAGAGAACAUAUAGUCGCAGCUAUUUUACACGAUGUUAAAUUUACAAAAGAUUCUUACAAUAGUUUUAUCGAUCUUCAAGAUAAGUUGCACCAAAAUAUAGGAAGAAACCGUACUUUGGUAUCGAUUGGUACUCACGACUUAGACACUGUUAGAGGUCCAUUUUUUUACGAUGCCAAGCCACCGACAAAUAUAUAUUUUAUACCGCUUAAUCAAGAUAAAAAAUAUACGGGGGAAGAAAUAAUGAAUUUGUAUGCUAAUCAUACGAAGUUAAAACAAUAUUUACACAUUAUAAAAGACAGUCCAGUUUUUCCUGUAGUGCAAGAUAACAAUGGGACCGUAUUAUCUCUUCCCCCCAUCAUUAAUGGAAAUCAUUCAAAAAUCACGCUCGACACUAGAAACGUUCUGAUAGAAUGUACAGCAACAGACCUUACAAAGGCGAAAAUAGUAUUAGAUACUAUAGUUUGUGCCUUCAGCCAAUACUCCAAGAUGAAAUACACGGUUGAAGCGGUAGAAAUUAUAUAUCCUAAUAACAAGGUCUUUCGUUAUCCUGAUUUAAAAUAUCGAACCCAGGAGAUCGAUUGCGAAACAGCAAUCAAUUAUAUCGGUGUGAAACGAACUGUGGAGGAAGUGGCCAAUCUGCUUUCAAAAAUGUCAUUGAAAAGCUCAGCUGUAAACAAUAAAAAGUUACUUGUAGAAGUGCCACCCACAAGGCACGAUGUGAUGCAUGCAUGUGACAUUUACGAGGAUAUCGCUAUAGCGUACGGAUACAAUAAUAUUCAAAAAACUAUACCAUGUUUCUCAACGGUUGCCGAAGAGUUUCCGCUUAACAAAUUGUCCGAUCAAUUGCGCAUAGAACUGGCUUGCACCGGAUUCACGGAAACAUUAACCUUCUCGUUGUGUUCCCGUGAGGAUAUAUCCGAUAAGUUGGGUCAUCAAUUGGAAAAUAUUCCUGCGGUACACAUAUCGAAUCCGAAGACAUUAGAAUUUCAAGUGGCACGUACAACUUUACUACCAGGAUUAUUGAAAACGCUAGCUGCAAAUAAGAAGAUGCCCCUUCCUCAAAAAUUAUUUGAAAUCUCCGAUGUUGUAUUGAAAGAUGAUAAGGCGGAAGUAGGUGCACGCAAUAAUCGACGAUUAUGCGCUGUUUAUUACAACAAGUCGGAUGGUUUUGAGAUAAUUCAUGGUUUACUGGAUAGGAUAUUCCAAGUAUUGGAAAUUCCACGGAUCGUUAAUGAAAACGACCACGGAUACCGUCUUCGUACAGUCGACGAUGCUACAUAUUUUCCUGAUCGGUGUGCAGAAAUUUUAUCCUAUGGGAAAGUAAUCGGGAGGAUGGGCGUUCUACAUCCGGACGUAAUCACGAAGUUUGACUUAAAUAUGCCUUGCUCUGUACUAGAGAUCGAUAUCGAAUCAUUUUUAUGAAAACGCAAACUUGUUGGUGUUUUUAUGCAAUUAUCUGGUAAUAAAAUAAAAAAAAUUAUCUAACAAUUAAAUAAACUGCGUAUAAUACAUAAAUUUACACCCUUCGAAGAGUAGCUAAAUAUGUUUGAUAUUGUAAAUUAGAAUCAAAUGCAAAUAAACGUAACAUUGCCUCUAAA